UGGAGCGCGCGGCGCCUCCGCGGUGUAUGUCGCAGCCGGUUUUCCGGGGCGGUUUUUGGCGCGCCUGCGAUGGCGGCGGUGGAGCCGGUCGCCGAAGAGACAAGUGUGACCGCAGUACCUGUGCCCGAUGCCUACAGCAAUGCUGAGUCUUACGAAGUCGAAGGAGUUGGAGCUGCGGAUCCAGACAAGGACGGCGUCGCGAAAGGAGCGGAGGCCGUUGGAGACAGCGAGGAGGACGGGGAGGAUGUGUUCGAGGUGGAGAAGAUCCUGGACAUGAAGACCGAGGGAGGUAAAAUCCUUUACAAAGUUCGAUGGAAAGGAUAUACCUCAGAUGAUGACACGUGGGAGCCUGAGAUUCACCUGGAGGACUGUAAAGAAGUUCUUCUUGAAUUCAGAAAGAAAGUUGCGGAGAACAAAGCCCGAACAGUCAAGAAGGAUAUUCAGAGACUGUCAUUAAAUAAUGACAUAUUUGAGGCAAACUCUGAUAGCGAUCAGCAGAGUGAGACAAAAGAAGAUACUUCCCCAAGGAAGAAAAAGAAAAAGUUAAGGCAGAGAGAAGAAAAAAGCCCAGAUGAUCUGAAAAAGAAAAAAGCAAAGACUGGGAAACUAAAAGAUAAAUCCAAACCAGAUCUGGAGAGUUCUUCCGAAAGUUUAGUUUUUGAUUUAAGGACAAAGAAAAGAAUUUUGGAAGCCAAAGAAGAAUUAAAAGAACCUAAAAAGGCAAAGAAAGAUGAAAUAAAGGAAACUAAGGAAUUAAAAAAGGUUAAAAAAGGUGAAAUGAGAGAUUUAAAGACUAAAAUAAGAGAGGAUCCCAAAGAAAACAGAAAAGCAAAAAAAGAGAAAUCUGUUGACUCUCUGUCUGAGUCUGAGUCGAUUGUAAUUAAUGAUUCUCCUCUUCAGGAAGAGAACAAUGAAGAGUUAGUUUCUGACAACAGAGAUGAGGAACAAAAUAAUAAAAACGCAAAAGAUGCAGGGGCGCAGGAUGGAGUACAGGAGACUGUUUUUGAGAAACAGGUAGAUGGCACUUUGAGUGCUGAGGAGGAUACUGAUAAUAGAAGCAGAAGGAAAAAAAAGAAACCAAGGAAGACUGAGGAUCCGAAAGAGAGCAAGAAGCUAGAAAACAAGAGUGUUUUCUCCGAGAAGAAAACCCUUCCUAAAAAGCCUAAGAAUCAAGACAAGGGCAGAAGUACCACAGAGUUGGACAGACUGACACCUGUGUCUGCCCAGACUCCCAAGACUUCACGGUUAGCCGAGGAGGAGAGAGGCCUCAGGUCCUCCGACUCGGCCGAGGAGGAGAAAGAGACCAAAAAAAAUGAACCCAAAGAAAAAUAUCAAAAAAGGCAUGAUUCAGACAAGGAAGAGAAAAGCCGAAAAGAGCCAAAGGGAUUAAAGACAUUUAAGGAAAUUAAAACUGCAUUUGAUUUAUUUAAAAAAACUCCAGAAGAAAAAAAUGAUGUUCCUGAAAAUAGUCGAAAAAAAGAAGAACUACCACUGGAUUGUAAAACCACAGAAGACCAGAAAACCAAGGAAAACAAGCAGUCAUUGAAAGAGAGGAGGAAUACAAGAGAAGAAACUGAUACUUGGGCACACAUUGCAGCAGAGGGGGAUCAGGAGGUUUUGGACAGUGUGUGCCACUCAGACGAGAACUUGGAUGGCAGGCAACAGAUUUUGAGUUUGGGCAUGGACUUGCAGUUGGAGUGGAUGAAAUUGGAAGAUUUUCAAAAGCACCUUGAUGGGGAAGAUGAGAAUUUCACUAUUGCAGAUGCAAUUCCAAGUAAUUUGUUGAGAGAUGCUGUGAAAAAUGGGGAUUAUAUUACUGUAAAGGUUGCACUUAAUUCAAAUGAAGAAUACAACCUGGACCAAGAGGAUUCCAGUGGGAUGACACUGGUCAUGCUUGCUGCUGCAGGCGGGCAAGAUGACCUCCUGCGACUCCUCAUCACCAAAGGAGCCAAAGUGAACGGGCGGCAGAAGAAUGGAACCACGGCCCUCAUCCACGCUGCAGAGAAGAACUUUUUAACAACAGUGGCUAUUCUUUUGGAAGCCGGAGCUUUUGUCAAUGUCCAGCAGAGCAAUGGUGAGACUGCACUCAUGAAGGCCUGUAAAAGAGGAAAUUCAGAUAUUGUACGACUUGUCAUUGAAUGCGGGGCAGACUGCAACAUUUUGUCAAAGCAUCAGAACAGUGCUCUGCAUUUCGCAAAGCAGUCCAACAAUGUGCUUGUGUAUGACUUGCUGAAGAACCACUUAGAGACACUCUCAAGAGUGGCUGAAGAGACAAUAAGGGAUUAUUUUGAAGCUCGCCUUGCUCUGCUAGAACCUGUUUUCCCAAUAGCAUGCCAUCGGCUCUGUGAGGGGCCAGAUUUUUCCACAGAUUUCCAUUAUAAACCCCCACAGAACAUACCAGAAGGCUCUGGUAUCCUGCUCUUUAUUUUCCAUGCAAACUUUCUGGGUAAAGAAGUUAUUGCUCGGCUCUGUGGACCAUGCAGUGUACAAGCUGUUGUUCUAAAUGAUAAAUUUCAACUUCCUGUUUUUCUGGAUAGUCAUUUUGUUUACUCAUUCAGCCCUGUUGCGGGCCCCAAUAAACUCUUCAUAAGGUUGACGGAAGCACCCUCAGCAAAGGUCAAGUUGCUGAUAGGUGCAUACAGAGUGCAGCUGCAGUGACCCCACAAGAAGGACUGGAUGAAGUUCUCAGAUGUACCCCUAAAUUCUAUCUUGGGAGCAGUUUGGAAUUCUUCUGGCACAUCUUUCAAAUGUCAGGUUUCAUCUGUGAACCCCUUGCAGUUUUAGCCUGUCAUCUAUUAUAGUUUGUAAGGGGGCAUGGUGGCCCUAAUACGUUAUAAAAUACAGAAGUAAGUAUGGGUGCCGUAUUUGGAAACUUCAACAAUGUGUCCAGACUGUAUAUUUGAUUUUUUUCCACAAUGUGGAAUGAUAUGCAUGAGGAUUAUUUAACAAAGUAAGUUUUUUUAUUACUUGAAAUUUUCUACUAGCCCUGGUGAAUUUCUGUGCUUAAAAAAAGAAAAAGCUAAGUGUAAAGCAACUGAUCAAAGCAAGAGAGGCAUGUUACAGUCAAGUUACUGAAUAAAUGUGGAUUUGCUGCCCCGAAGGAUGACUAACCCCAUCCAACAUGGUGAUGGGAGGGAGGUCUGAUUUCUUGCUAAGACAGUCUCCACACAUGGCCUUAUCCUUUCAUAAGGUAACAAGGGUCUAAGAAGCAGCAAGAAUGUAAACAGGACAUAAUAAAGCUUAAAAGAGAUCUGCUUAUUCUCAGACUAAAUAAUUUUGAAAUGGUAGCUCCUGUGCCUGUCUGCAGCACUCAGUGAGCCUUGCCGUGCUGGCUGCUGUGUUAGAUCAACACUGUUUCCCGUAAGUUACUGCCUCUGUAGGUGACACCAGAGGUGUCAUCCUUGGUCCAUCCUUCCACUGAGGUAUUUGGCAAAUACACAUGAAGCCCUUUCUGGAUUAAGGAAGUUUUCUGAGUGCAACAUUAUGGUUGAUCCAUUGUGUACACAUAUCAGAGAACCAUUUUUACUGUACAGCUUGAAACUGCUUUUUCCUAUGCAUUUCUCAAUAAAAGACACUUCAUAUUUCGAGCUUCAGGAUUCCAAUGUGGGCACUGACUGUGUGGUUUACUAGCUCAAUGAUGGCUGGGAGUAGACUUUUUCAACUAAACUGAAUCAUGUACUGACUGCAUUUCAUAGGUUUCAGGGGGCUGAGCUGGAAAUUCCAGGAGAUUUGAGUUAGUAACAGUGCAGGUCAGAACUCUAAGUGACUCAGUAAUCUCCAACUGGGUAAUAGAAUGAAUUUUUAAAUGCAUGCCUUAUCAAGAAAGCAGAACUAAGAUACACAUUAAGUAGAAAAUUUAUAGUUCCUUUAAGAGUUUAGACUGAGAAAUACAGAAGCUGACAAGGAUUACAGGUGUUACUGUUACCUGAAUAACAAUGUGUCUACUAGGAAUACAGCAGAGCCAUGCAAUUGAAUAUAGUUUUUUAGCUCUAACACUUAGCUUCUGGACAGCCAGGUAAACAGCCCAUGUCUCUCUGAGUGGGUAAGUAAAAGUACGGAAGUGGUGGAAUUUCUGCUUUCUUAUGGAUGGCAAGGACAUCCAUAAGCUAGACAGUCUUGCCUCCAGAACUAUUCCUUCCGGGUGUGCAGAUUCUCUGCUGUACCUAGUGCUGCUGUUUUGCCAUUUGAAUUAGAAACAUUUUUAAAAAGGUAUGAGCCUUGAGCCCGGUGCUGUGGCUCACUUGGCAAAUCCUGCGCUUGUGGCGCCAGCAUCCCAUAUAGGUGCCGGGUUCUAGUCCCGGUUGCUCCUCUUCCAGUCCAGCUCUCUGCUGUGGCCCAGGAGGGCAUUGGAGGAGGGCCCAAGUGCUUGGGCCCCUGUACCUGCAUGGGAGACCAGGAAGAAGGGCCUGGCUCUUGGCUUUGGAUCGGCGUGGCGCCAGCCGUAGCAGCCAUUUGGGGGAUGAGCCAACAUAAGGAAGACCUUUUUCUCUCUCUCACUCUCUGUAAC